GGUGAAGCCCAGCAGCCGAGAGCUGAACGCGCAGCCGGGUGGGCUGAGGGGGCGGCGGUGGCUGCGGCGGCGGCGGCGGCGGCGGCGUGGGAGCCGGAGAAGUUUGGGCAGGCGCUGCGGGUGCUGUGAUCCUGAGCCACGCUCAAGCCCUGAGAACCAGGGGUCAGGCGGACCGGCUUCCAGACGCCCGCGGGCCCUCAGCCGUCGUCUUGCAUCCUCUUGCUUGUGUUUUAAUUUUUCUAAUCAAGGAAAAGUGUUUAAGCUGCUAAAAUGUCAUCUAUCAAGCACCUAGUUUAUGCAGUUAUUCGUUUCUUACGAGAACAGAGUCAGAUGGAUGCAUAUACUUCAGAUGAACAGGAGAGUUUGGAAGUUGCAAUUCAGUGCUUGGAGACAGUUUUUAAGAUCAGCUCAGAAGAUACACAUCUAGCAGUUCCACAACCUUUGACAGAAAUGUUCACAAAUUCCUUCUGUAAGAAUGACAUUCUGCCCCUCUCAAACUCAGCGCCUGAAGAUGUGGGAAAAGCUGACCAGUUAAAAGAUGAAGGCAACAACCACAUGAAAGAAGAGAAUUAUGCUGCUGCAGUGGACUGUUACACGCAAGCCAUAGAACUGGACCCUAAUAAUGCGGUUUACUAUUGCAACAGGGCUGCUGCUCAAAGCAAAUUAAGUCACUACACAGAUGCAAUAAAGGACUGUGAAAAAGCAAUAGCAAUUGAUUCAAAGUACAGCAAGGCCUACGGGAGAAUGGGGCUGGCCCUCACUGCCAUGAAUAAAUUUGAAGAAGCAGUCACAAGUUAUCAAAAGGCAUUAGAUCUUGACCCUGAAAAUGAUUCCUAUAAGUCAAAUCUGAAAAUAGCAGAGCAGAAAUUGAGAGAGGUAUCCAGUCCUACAGGAACUGGAUUGAGCUUUGACAUGGCUAGCUUGAUAAAUAAUCCAGCUUUCAUUAGUAUGGCAGCAAGUUUAAUGCAGAACCCUCAAGUUCAACAACUAAUGUCAGGAAUGAUGACAAACGCCAUUGGGGGACCUGCUGCUGGAGUUGGGGGCCUAACCGACCUGUCUAGCCUCAUCCAAGCGGGACAGCAGUUUGCACAGCAGAUACAGCAGCAAAACCCUGAACUUAUAGAGCAGCUGAGAAAUCACAUCCGGAGCAGGUCAUUCAGCAGCAGCACUGAAGAACACUCCUGAUCUGCAGGGACCCAGGCUCGGGGCGCAGCUGACAGACUUCCUGUAGACAGAGCCCCGUCCCUCAAGCACCGUAUCUGAUGUUUGAAAAGAAUGGAGGAAAACCUCUUGUGUACAUUCGUAAAGAAUAAAUCUGUUUAGACAAUAGAUUUAUCACAAA